GGUAGAUGCUUAUCGCUGAAGGCCCAACUCUGCUUCUCCUGCUCUGCAAAGCUUUUCGGACCCCCUGUGUAAAAUGAGCCAAUGCGGGUUUCACAGCCCCUAGUAUGGCCAUUUGCAGCCUGUGUGACCUUGGGCGAGUUGCUCAACCUCUCUGAACCUUGCUUUCUUCCCCUAUGAAAUGGGUAUACCCACACCAGCUUGUUUGGGGAGGGGUGGAUAAAAUCGAGGACAAGCAGCUAAGCUUAGCACAGGAGCCUAAGUGGGUAAGAGCUCAAAACAGGAGUACUAUUAUUAACCAGUGCCUGUGUUAGUGGCCUUCCAGUCCUUCCCCCUCAGCUCACCACCACUCCCCACAUUGGAACUGAGCCUUCUCUUUGGGUCCCCAGCACCUAGCCUGGGCCAGGAGCAGAGCAUGAGCUCGGUGAAUGUUUGAGAAACGAACUAAUGAGGCAGAUUGGGGAAUGGGUUUAAGGGGUCUUUGAUUCCCCCUAAAAUUACCCACAAGCUUUGGUGAACCUGGACACUUUCCUGGGGAGCGGACCUGGAGUUUUCUUCGGCUUCUCAAGGUGUCUGUGAGCCACCAAGGGUCUUUGAGCAUAACUGUUUCCCAGAGAGGAAAGGAACAGGGCCUCUGCCCCUAAACACACCCAGGCACAGGCUCUCACAGCCAAUGGCCCCCUCUCCUGGUCCCCCUUUCCUGGCCGUGGGGUCCCGUCUUGCCUCCCGGUUCCAUUAGGGACUCUCAGGAAGCGGCACCAUAAGGGAAUAUCCACCUGGGCCAGGCAUAUGCAGUGGCUGGAGAAAAGAAAUAAAAGACGCAGAUGCAGCCCUUGAGAAGCCCCAGGAGGGUGGGGGAGAGAGGAGAUUAUUAUACUAUGUGACUGGUGUGACAGGAAAGGGUGGAGGGAGUGUCAGGGAAAUAAAUACUCAAGCUGAAACAAGCCACCAUCAUAUCCUACCUGGAUUUCUGCACUAGCCUCUCUCCCCCUUUUAAAACACUUCUCAGAUCUCAUGACUCCCAUGCUUAACAUCUCCAUUGGCUUCCUGGGACACUUAGAAUAAAAUGCAGGUGCCUUUUCGUGGCUUUUGAGAAAGGCCCACCUUCCUGAUUUCAUCUCCCUCUGCUCCUUUCUCCUGAAUCUGCUGUGCUCCUCAUUCCUGCUGAAGGGCCUCUGCGCUUUCUGUUCCCUCCUCCAGAUGCUUUUUCUGGAUAUCAUCAAAUGGCUGACUCCUUCUUCCCAUUCAGCAUUUAGCUUAAAUAUCACCUGAGUGGCCUUUCUAGCACUCCUGGGUCAAGUAGCCCCCCCUCCUUCUAUCUCUUAACCCUGUUUUAUGUUCUCCAUAGCUCACCUUAUUUAAAAUUAUUCAUUGUCUGUCUCUUACCUAGAACACCAGCUCCAUGAGGGCAGGUAUCUUGUCAAUCUUGUUCACUGCUUUAUCCCCAAGGUUUGGCACAUAGUAUGUCCUCCAAUUUUUUGUUGACAUAGUUAAGGGGGCUGGUGAGAAAGAAAGCUUUCUGGACAAAAGGAAAAGUAAAAGGGCUCUAAUGCUUAUUAAGCUGCAAUUAUGGGCCUGGCCCAUCCUGUGUUUUGUUAUGUCUUAUAAGAGCCCCUUUGAGUUAGGUACUACUAUUAUACCCAUUUUACUGAUGGGAAAACCAUGAUGCAGAGGGGAAAAGUAACUCACUCAGGAAAUGGUGAAACUGGGAUUGAAACCCAGGUCACUCCUCAAAGGCACGGCUGUAUUUCUCUCCCUCUCCACCUCUCUGAUAUUUGACCUGGGCCCUCAAAAAUAGGAUUUAAAAAAAAAAAAAAAAAGAAUAGGAUUUCAGCAAGUGAAGGAGAAGGGAGAGGGCACUGCAGCCUGAGGGAAGAGCAGGAGCAAAGGCGGGGCGCCAGGCAGUUCCGUGGGUGUUGAGGGUGAGGUGAGCAUCCUGGUGUGGCCUUGGAAGGCCAGGAGAGGAGCUUAUAUUCUCUCGUGAGGGCGAUGGGGGCCAUUGACGGUUUAGAAUUAGGGCAAGUGGCAUGACCAGAGAUGCAGUUUUAAAAGGUCACUCUGGGCAGCAUGAAGAGGUUGAAGAGGAAGGGGCGGGUAGAGGAGGAGGAUUCUUCCUUUCUUUCCCACCAGCUUCCCUGGGGCAGCCAUGGGAGACCCAUCUCAUGCCAACCCCCUCCUUUUUUUAGGCUCAUCCGGUGAAGACUGGAAGCUGAGGGCUCCAGGCCCAGGCAUCAGAGCGGACCAUGGCUCCCAGCCCCUGGGGCUGUGUGUAUGGCCUCCUGCUGCUGUUGCUGCUGCUGUCCCUGGGGGCUGGCUCUGCCCUGGGCCGGGGCCUUCCCAGGCCACUUGAGGACUUGGAACCACACUUGAUCCCAGGAGCCCACCCCAAGGGCCCUGUUGGCACAGAGCCCCAGGCCUUUGACUUCUUCUGGGAGAAGCCCAGAGAUGAGAGCCCCUGGAACUCCAAUGUCCCCCAGGUCCCUGCUGAGGAGGUGCCUGAGAGGCCCACAGACUCCCUUGGCCCAGCCCUGCAUGGACCUAAAGCAUCCCAUGGGGUGCAGAGAGAAGGACUCCCAGUAACUGAUGACCUCCAGGUGGCUCGAGGGCCAAUUUUUCAGGGCUGGACAGGACCUCCUGAAUCACAGGAGUCUAUGGAGCAAGAAGCACCAGCCCCCUAUCCAGUGGGCACCCCCCAUCUCACUUUCAUCCCCACAACUCCCAGACUCCAACUCGGGCUAGCCACAGUUCCCCCCACCCCAGGGCAGCCUGGAAGCCAAGUGGGACAGCGACCACCUAGAGAUGAGGGUCUUGUGGCCAAAGCCAAGAUCAGGGUCUCAGAGACAUCCCCCUGGCACCACAAGGGCCCUCCCCACACUCCUGCGCCACGCCCAGGCACUGUCAUGAGGCCAGGGCUGAAAGAACAGGGUGGGAGUGAGGAGGACUUCCAGGAGGCAGCUCAAGGCCCCCUCCUCACUCAGCAGGAGCCAGCAGCCCCUGAUGCUGGCUCAGCAUCACCAGCUGAGGUGGCAUCCUCUCAGGAGCCUGGGUCCCAGCCGGACCUGGCAUUGGCCAGAAGCCUUCCUCCUGCUGAGGAGCUGCCCAUGGAGCUCCCCAAGAAGGCUGGAGGUGGGGAGACCUGGGAAGUCAGUAUUCCAAGUCCCUCACCCAAACAGACUGACCUCCCUGAUGUUAGGGGCUCAUCAGGACCCCAGCCCUCAGGUCUCCCAGCCUCAGAGACUCCUCAUGGGCAGCCCAAGCCAGAGAUAGCAGCAAUGAAUGGAGCAGACCCCAUCUCCCCCCAGCGGGUGAGAGGAGCAGUGGAGGCCCCAGGUACCCCCAAGUCCCUCAUCCCUGGCCCUUCGGACCCUGGCCCAACUACAAACGGAACAGAGAGCCCUGUGGGAGCCCUGCAGCCAGAUGAAGCUGAGGAGUGGCCGGGGCGCCCCCAAAGCCAUCCUCCAGCGCCCCCUGUCCAGGCCCCCUCGACGUCACGCCGGGGCCUCAUUCGGGUCACCACGCAGCGUGCCCUGGGCCAGCCACCCCCUCCGGAGCCCUCCGCCAGCUCCAUGGCAUCAGUCCCAGCCUCCAGCCCCCCGGCCAACGCCACCUCACCCCCCCUGCGCUGGGGUCCCCUGCGGCGGGUGCUGAGCUUUUCCUGGGAGCUGCACGUCUACGGGGUCGGGGUGCUCUUCCUGCUGCCUGCGUUGUUGGCACUGGCCUCGCUGGCAGCCGGCCCUGCGGGGCCCCGGUUGGCACUGGUGGCGGCGGUGCUGGUGCUGGUGGCGUCGGGGCUGCGGUCCGCCUACAUGCUCACCGACCCCUAUGGCUCGCAGGCACGACUGGGUUUACGCGCCGGCCUAGUGCUCUACAAUCUGCCCUUUCCCUUGCUACUCACCGCGCUGGCGGCCCUGACCCUGCUCGGCCUGGGCGCGGGGCUGCCACAGCAGCUGCAGAACCCUCUCCUCCUGGGAGCGCUGGCGUUGGCGCACGGCUUGGGGCUGCUCGCCACAGACCUGCUGUCGGCGAGGCCUGCUUUCAACCUCCUGGCUCAGGGCUUAUCGUGCGCCUGGGGCGCGUCCGUGGCUCUGGGCACGCUCUGCCUGUGCCGUCGCCGCCUGCUGGACGGGCCGAGGGGCUGGGAUGCCAGUCCGGGCCCGAGGCUGCUGGCCGUGGCGGGCGCGCUGGGGCUGCUGGCCAGUGGCUUGCAGCUGGCGGCCGCGCUCUGGCUGUACCCGGGCCCCGGCCGGGUGGGCCACUUCUCGUGGGCCUGGUGGGGCGUCCACUUCUGGCUGCGCCUGCUGGAGCUGACGUGGGCGCUCACCCUGGCGCUGGCCGCUCUGGCCGCCGCGCGGCCCAGGCCGCCCACAGAGCACGCCUGCUGGGCUAAGCUGCUGCGCCUGGCGUGCCCUGCGCCCUCCGGCAAGAGCGAGGUGCCCGAGAGGCCCAACAACUGCUACGCGGGGCCCAGCAGCGUCGGCGCGGGUACCCUGGACAUUAGCAAGAGUCUCAUCCGCAACCCGGCGGAGGGUGGGCCUCCAGCCACGCCCAGUUCAGGCGCCUGGGGUUCGGCUGCGUCGCUGGGCCGCGGUCCCCUGGGUGGCCCGGGACUGUCCCGCAGCAGCAUGGGGCCGGCGCCAUCGAUGAGCGAGCUGGACCUGCGGCCGCCAUCACCCAUCAACCUGAGCCGCAGCAUCGACGCCGCGCUCUUCCGAGAGCACUUGGUGCGAGACAGCAUCUUCCGGCGCUGCGGCCUCCGUGGCCUGGCCUCCCCGCCGCCCGGGGGCGCGCUGCGGCCGCGCCGGGGCAGCCACCCCGACGCCGAGCUAGACGGCGCAGGUUCUUCGCUCCUCCGCGGCCGCAGCCGGUCGCUCAGCGACGUGCGCGUGCGCGGCCCGGUCCCACCACAUGUAGCGGACGAGCCUGAAGGGGCGGCUUCCGGCAGCUCCGUGGACAGCUUCUCACGGGUCUCGCUCAAGAUCAGCUGGAACCCCUGGCGCCACGGGCUGUCGUCGAUGGACAGUCUGCCCCUGGAUGAGCUGCCCAGCACGGUGCAGCUACUGUCUGCCCCAGCUCCUGCCCCGGGUCCCGCCCGGGCCGGGGAGCCCCAGAAUGGGAUCCAGCCUCAAUGCAAGCCCGGAGACUCCCGCAGCGCCUCCAGUGACACCAUCGAGCUCUGAGGGGGUCCAGAAACUCAGAACCAGGGCCCCGCCCUCGAUGGCCCUACCGCGGCAUGACCUUCUGGGAUGCUGAGCAUUUGAAAAACAUUCCGGGAGUAUUCCUGGGCCCCAACUGAUUGCAGCCUCCGGAGACAGCCGGACACGAACCCACCCCCACCCCCAGAUUUUUGUUUUUUAAAAUAUCUCUAUUUUUCAGCGGGUAUUUUGCACAGAGGCCAUGACUUACGCGGAAUACAGGGUGGACAUGCACGUAUUUGGGAAUGGGGAACAGGGUCCAGGUGCCCUAACAUCCCAUCCAGACCCUCCAGUGUGAAGAUGAGGCUCGACUGUCCAGACUGUCCUCUUUGUGCCAAAGAAAUAAACCCUUAGGACUUGGCUCAAGCCUCCCUGCGGCCAUGCCAGGAUCUUGUCUAGAGGAUAUGCCCACCCCCAGUGAUUUCAAGUGCUGUGUUUAUUGCGGAGGGGAGGACUUCCAAAGGAAAGGGCCCUCAACCCUUGGAGACUUUAGAAAUAAUGGCUAUCAAUAUUUCAUGGAACAUCUGUCUGCUGUACGCUGUCUUCAGCUUUUCACAUCCAUCACCUUAAUUCUCACACUAAGCCUGAGUGAGAAGCGUUAUCAUGCCCAUUUUAUAGAUGAGAAGAGUGAAGUUCAGAGAUGAAAGUCAUUUGUCAGGGUCCUUUGGCAAAUGAUAGCUGGUACUGAACUGAGGAAGUUCCACUCCUAAGCCUGGUUCCUCCAUCCCAUCUCCCUUCUCUUAACACUACUUCAGGGCCAACCCUCUCCUUUGUCCUCCUUCUACUGCUCCUCCAUCAGGAUACCCUCAGUUUCCCAGGGUUUCAGGAAACUUCCCCAAGGGUGGAGGGGCUCUCAGUAGCUUAGGCCAACCUAUGGUGGGUGGGGGCAGGUAGUAAGACAAGCUUCUCCAUUUUCCAAGACCUUUCUUUAUUUCCUGAGAUGAAUAAAUAAAUCAGUGGCUGAGGGGCAAGGGGGUGAGGACAGAACAGGAGCUGACAGCAUGCAGCUGGCAGGAGGGGGUUGUGAAG